UUGAAAGUUGAACCGAGGGUACCCGAUUGCGACUCACCGAACACCGAGGAGAAAACUAACAGUAGUCCGACCACUCCGACCGACCAACGUUUCUGAUGUGACAGUGAGUGAACCAAACUAUGUUACGUGCAACACGUUACGUUUUGUGUUUACGUUGUGUACUAUAGAAGGCGGCUGGUAAUCGUUUUGUUUUCAAUCUACGUAAACGUCAAACUUUCUCGAGAAAAAAACUACUGAAAACUAUUCCGCUUACAUAUAUGCGCAAUCUGGACUUUUUUACACGGGUCUGUGAUUCAGUAGUGAACUUUUUAUGUGAUACUAACUUUAAGUGCUAGCGUUUAAUACUCAUAUUAAAACAAAGUUUGGUGGACGGUUCUGUCCAACUUUUUUUAAUGAUUACCUCUAAUUCAUAUCCGAAUGAAAUGACUAUUUCCAAGAUGAAUAUGAGGACGUAGUAGAGGCGUGUUGAAAAAACACACGCUCUCAACAUGACGGUGCUCUGGAAACUUCAUCAUGACUACUUAUUUUUCGUCCAGUUUUUGAUAUGGCUUCAUUUUUUGACCAAUUCGUGUCAGGCAUGGCUUCCAGAUAGUGGAUCGAAGAUAUUGAAUAACCUGAAACAAAUAUCUAGUUCAAGUAUUAAGUUUACCGGUAAUUUAACACAUCCAGACCAGUUCGUCGUCUUGGCUCAAGAUGAACACUCCAUUUUGCUGGGAGGAAGAAACAAGGUAUUCAAUCUUAGUAUUAUUGAUUUCAAUGAGAGAGUCCAGUCCAGGAUUGAAUGGCCCUCUUCGGAAGCCCAUAAUCAACUGUGCAUAUUGAAAGGAAAAACAGAAGAUGAUUGCCAAAACUAUAUUAGGAUACUGUACCGUCCAGAGCCCGGCAAACUGGUUAUAUGUGGCACCAAUUCUUACAAACCACGAUGCAGAAAAUAUAUCGAAACGUUGAACGGACGUUUCGAGAUGGAAAAUGAAUUCGAAGGAAUUGGUAUAUGUCCCUACAAUCCAGAUCACAACAGUACGACGGUGUACAGCGAUAACCAGCUAUACUCAGCCACAGUAGCUGACUUUUCCGGAGGUGACCCGAUCAUAUAUAGAGAUCCCCAACGUACUGAACAGCUUGAUCUCAAACAAUUGAAUGCUCCACAUUUUGUUAGCUCAGUACCUUAUGGAGAACAUAUUUAUUUUUUCUACAGAGAAACUGCUGUUGAGUAUAUGAACUGUGGCAAGAUAAUUUAUUCGAGGGUAGCAAGAGUUUGUAAAAAUGACCAAGGAGGACCGCAUCAGAUGACAGAUAGAUGGACAUCAUUCCUAAAGGCUCGACUGAAUUGUUCUGUACCGGGGGAAUACCCUUUCUAUUUCGACGAAAUACAGUCGACUAGUGAAAUUAUAAAUGGUACCUAUGGAUCUGGUGGUACGAAAAAUAUUAUUUAUGGUACACUUACAACACCAAAUAACGCCAUAGGAGGAUCUGCAAUAUGUGUAUAUAACAUGGAUGAUAUAAUAAGCGCAUUCCAGGGAAGCUUCAAACAUCAGGAAAGCCUAAACUCAAACUGGCUUCCACUUUCGAACAACAUGGUGCCUAAGCCAAGACCUGGAGAAUGUGUUCCAGAUAGCAGAUCAUUACCUGAAAGAAAUGUGAAUUUUAUCAAAACACAUUCUAUGAUGGAAGAAGCAGUACCAGCUUAUUUCGGCAAACCAAUUUUGAUAAGAGUCAGCCUUCAAUAUAGAUUUACUGUGACCACUGUAGACCCUCAAAUUCGAACAAGUGAUAAUGAAGCAUUUGAUCUGCUAUACGUUGGAACUGACGAUGGAAGGGUGCUGAAAAUUGUCAAUAUCCCAAAUGAAGAAGGUGCAAAAGCUGUUGUCAUUUCAGAGAAUAAUGUUAUGCCCCAUGGGAUAUCCAUUAAACAGAUCAAACUCACACCUGAAGGUGGAAAAAUUAUAGUAGUCAGUAGGGAUGAAGUAAGAUUAGUUGAUUUGAGCCAGUGCACAAAUGUACACACAUGCAGUGAAUGUGUUGAUCUUCAAGAUCCACAUUGUGGGUGGGAUGCCAAACAGAAAGCAUGUGUACCCAUUAGUAAAGUUACAUUAAGAAGGUAUUUAAUACAGGAUGUGAGACAAGGAGACAAAGCCAAAUGCAGUUGGACCACCCUUCCUACAGAGAAAAUCCAGUCCCGUAAACCAGUCCAGAAGGCUGAGAUACCAACCAACACGGACAAAGAUCGGGAUCUUUACCCAUCUGUCAGAAGUAGUGAAGAAGAUGAAGAAAUUCCAGAUUGUACGAAUGAUAUCGAGGGAUGUGCGGUCAAACAAAGAAUCGCUGGCGAAACACAAACCCUCCAUCUCAUUAUAGUUGGAGCCUGCAUAGGAGCUCUGAUCGUUGGCUUUAUAUCUGGAUUUUUCUUCUCAAGGCGAUUUCGUUCAACAGGUGCUUACCAUGAUCCGCCGUUUUUCGAGCAGCACAACCAUUUAGAAAGAUUGAGUGGAAAUCAGAAUUUUUUACCCCCACGUCCGAACAAAACUGUGAAUUUGGUGUUGAAUGUUCGCAGUCCAUCUCCCCCCUUAAAGAAGGAUAAUCUGGACAUAAGCAAGGAUCUCAAUAUAGCUAACGAUGGAACUUUACAAAAGAUAAAAAAAACUUACAUUUGAAACUAUCGAAAAAUUUUUUUACCUGUGUGGCUAAAUGGGAAAAUUGAAUUGAGUUUUAUUCGGACGUCAUUUGAAUGACUCGUGAUCUAUAAACGCCUUAAAAAAUGAUCACUAUUAUAAUUGAAUAAUAUUCCUUCCCUCCAAACUCAAAAUACAGAAUGAUAACCAUGUUUGAGACUUGUUGCAGAGGAUCUAUUGUGUAUUUUCGUAAUUUUCAUAUUCAAAGUAAAUUAUAUAUUUCAUUCAAUGAGAUAGGUGUUGUCAGUCUUUAUAUUUUAUGUCCUUUGUUUUCAAAGGCGAAUUAUUUUUAAUUGUACAUAGCAAAUAUUUUUAAUUUACCCCAAUUUUGUAAAUACGCGCCUCGCUGUAUAUAUAUACUGAAACAGUAGUUAUUUCUUUCAAAUAUAUUUCAAUGAUCUCUCCCCUAAAUAGUUGAACUUUCGAGCUAAAUCAUGAUCUUAUUAUCAUUAUAGCACAAUACCUAAAAUUUUGCAGAUUUUAAUUUUCGCGCAAUAAAAUCAAUGAACUAUUCGGUUGGAAAGUGUAUUUGGAUAUAUUUCGUUCUGUAAGUGCCGAAUUUCUAAUUUUCUUCAAGAUAAAUUGAAGAGUGUAAAGAUUCAUCUUUUUGAUUUAUAGUAAACCUAACCGACAGACCCCGUAUGUAUUGUUGAACAACUUGUUUUCUGCUUAGUAUCUCUCAGAUACAGGGUGCUUUUUUAGUGUGUCAAUGUUACGAAAAUAUUCGUUGUGACUUCUGUGAAAGCAAAUACGCCAUAGCCAGAAAUUUUGAUAAAAGAUGUGUGAAAACUAUUUUUGUUACUAUCUGAAACUUCAAUCUUAUUUUUCAGUUGUUCUAAAUGCCAAAUAUAACAUCUUUUUGAAAAAAAAAUCUCAGUACAUGCAAGAGCAUCAAGAUUGAUACUACCUGUAUUAAAAAGAUAUAUUUUUUUUCUUUACAUACCAUUCAAUGUAUUUCUGUCUGUUUGGCUGUGAAAUUUCCUUCUUUAACCAAUAAAUUUGCCUUUUACAUAGUGCCUAAUUCGACUAGUUUAUCUGGUUCGGUAGUUGAAAUUUUAUACACUGCAAUAAAAUAUAGCAGUGAAGUAAAAAACUGCAAGUACAUUCCAAAAUCUUCUACUGGUGUAAUUUGUAAGUAAUUAAAUAAAUGUAUGAGUAAAAUGUCGAUUCCUUCCUAUAAAUGAAUAAAUAUAUUUUUACGAUUCA